GAAUGUUGCCAUUCACUUUCACUCUGACUGUUGAAGCUCACAGAUGGAUUCAACUGCCCUCCUUUCCUCUUUCAUCACACUUUUUCUAUUUUUUGCAAUUCCUGAAAACAUUAAACUAUCAAAAGCAAAUCCUCAAUAUGGCGGAGGUAGCAAUUCAUGUGCAAGAAAUUGCAACACUAGAACAUGCUGCGAUUUAGGAGAUUCAACAUGCCCAUCUAUCUACGAUGCUAUGGACAAUGGUUAUACAGAGGGUCAGUGUGUCCCUGGAGUUGUCAGCCAGAGUUGUUACUUCCGUUGUAAUCCUGGUUAUGUUCUAGAAGGGCAAACACGUAUAACUUGUUUGCCAAAUGGAGAGUGGAGCUCUAGCAUUCCUUACUGCACCAGAAGGAUUGGUGCGUUGUGUGAUCCCUUUCUUCUGCCUAAUGGAAAUGUUGACUGCGACAAUGAAGGAGGUCUGACUGUUUGCAGAGCCUCUUGUGCAUAUGGUUACAUGCUUGUAGGUUCUUCUGUCAUUACGUGUUCUUCAUCUGGAGAAUGGAGUGACCAGUUGCCUACUUGCCGGAGAGGGACAACAGAAGUGACGAAUAUUUGCCCCACACUGAAUGCUCCAGAUGGUGGACGAUUAGUGGGCAGUUGUGUAUCCGCUAAUGCAGGAGAUACUUGUCAGCUGGUGUGUAUUAGUGGAUAUAGGCCAUCAGACACAAGAAUUUUAAUAUGCCAAACAGAUGGAAGAUGGUCAAACAAUCUGCCACGAUGCAUUUCAAGUGGAUGUCCACCAGUUCAAGUGAUACGUGGUAUACUAUCUGGAUCCUGUAACGCUGCUACUACUGGUCAAACUUGUUCUGUAACAUGUGAGUCUGGAUAUUCGUUGAGCGGAACAUCCACACUGGUAUGUCAGUCUAAUGGAGAAUGGUCUUCUGUCUACCCUAAUUGCAAUGCGGUACAGUCUCGUUCUUGUCCUGCACUACCAUCUCCAGCCAACGGAGGAAAUUCUGGAUCAUGUAAUACAGGAGCAGUUGGACAAAGUUGCAAUUUUUAUUGUUUUCCUGGAUUUAGACUUAUUGGACAACCCACUCUCGUAUGCGGUAGUGAUGGAAGAUGGUCAGAUGGACCUCCGCAAUGCAUAGCGAAUCCAAGUUGCCCUUCGCUGAAUCCACCAACAAAUGGAGGUCAAUCCGGUAAUUGCAGGGGAGCAACGGCAGGACAAAGUUGCUCUUUCUCAUGUCAAGCUGGAUAUAUCUUGACUGGUCAGUCUAUUAUCUAUUGCGAAGCUGACGGGAGAUGGUCGGCGGUGCCACCCAUUUGCUCAAGAGAGACUCCAGCUAGCUGUCCUAGUUUGUACACCCCCUCUAAUGGAUAUAUGCUUGGAACUUGUGCACCUGGCAGAGUAGGAGAAACCUGCGUAUUUGGCUGUGAUGAAAACUACGUACUAAGAGGACAAAGAACUUUGACAUGUGAAGCAGGAGGUCGUUGGUCUUCAGCUUUACCUCGUUGUGAUAGAAUAGGCACCGGAGAGUUGACAGGCACAUGUCCAAUUCUGAACCCUCCUCCCAAUGGAGAUUUCACAGAAUGUGAUAAUCGUCCUGGAGGUCGUUGCGUCCUAGUUUGCAAUCCAGGAUACCUAAGAACUGGCUCCCGAGUUCGAACAUGUCUGUCUCAAGGAAUUUGGUCUGGAUAUGCGCCAUUAUGCACUAGAAGAGUUGGGUACACGACUACUUACACUUAUAAAGUCGUACCACUUUGGAGUCUCGUAUUCGGAUAAAAUUGUCUACAGAUUAUUUUAGUUUACGUUCCAAAAGAUUCUGAUGUGGAUAUCAUCGUCAUCAAGCUCUAAGCACAAUAUUUUCAUCAACAUAUUCCACCGCAGAUAAAAUUGUGUACAACUGUAAAUGUGCUUCUUAUUUUAAUGGGGAUACAACAAAUGUAUUAUAUUAAAUUAUUUAUGUUACGUUUUGUAUAAAAGUUACAUUAAAAGGAAAUAAGUUACAUGUUUUCGUCAUUGUUUUGGUGUGAUACACAAAUAAACAAUAUUGUAUUGUGCA